AUGGGUCGAAGAAAUAUUCCCAUUGCCAUUGGCGUCCAGUCAUCAACAUCGACUGCGCCAUCCGUUCCAUCAUCCGCCACACCGCAAUCAGCACCAUACCACGCGCGAUAUGUUCGUCCACUAGGCCAAACAGACAUGUAUCUGCCCAUUGGAAAUGAGCCAGUGACCACCACUAAGAAGAUAUCCUACGUCGUCAUCACUUCCAACCUGUUAAUCCCUGGCGACGGACAGCCAGUUCCCAAUGGCGCCCUCGUGGUGGACAAGAAGAUUAUUGUCUGGGUAGGCACAACGGCUGAAAUCCCAGCAAAAUACGCAGAUAAACCUCACCGCAAAUUUCAUGUUCCCUAUCUCAUGCCUGGCCUGUGGGAUUGCCAUACUCACUUCUCCGAUCCUGGUGAUGUCGUUUCAAGCGGCGCCGCUGGGCUCACCUUCAUUGCUGGCGACGGUUACGGUCAGGGCGCUCGGCUUGCUCGCGGGUGCUGGGAAGCCAUCCAGCGCGGAUACACCUCCAUGCGUGACCUAGCUGGUUAUGGUUGCGAAAUUGCUGCUGCCAUUGACGAAGGUGCCAUCAUAGGACCCAACAUUUAUAGUGCCGGUGCAGCACUAAGCCAGACCGCUGGCCACGGAGACAUUUUUGCCCUACCAGCAGGUGAUGCUCUUGGAAAUUUAGGCGUCAAUGGAACCAAGCACGGCUACUCUAAUGUACAGAUGGCGUGCCUCGUCGACGGCGCGGACGAGUGCCGUCGCGGUGUCCGCCUGCAGAUCCGCAGAGGUGCCAAAUGCAUUAAGGUCCUGGCUUCUGGCGGCGUUUUGUCUCGCGAUGACAACCCUAUGUAUGCACAGUUCUGCAAGGAGGAGUUAGAGGCCAUUGUUGAAGAAUCAUCCCGUAUGGAGAGGACCGUAGCGGCUCACUGCCAUGGCAAGCCGGGUAUUUUGGCUGCCGCCCGCGCCGGCGUCACGUCCAUCGAACACGGCACAUUUACGGACGAAGAGUGCGCUGAUUUGAUGAUUGAAAAGGACAUUAUAUUGGUCGCUACUAGAACUAUUGUGGACGCGCUCAUCAAGACUGGCGGCAAAGACAUGCCACCCAUCAUUUGGAAAAAGGUGCAGCUGACCAACGCCAACCACUUGACGGCGUACAAGCUCGCCAUUAAGAAGGGUGUCACUAUUGCGUUGGGCACGGAUACCGGCCCCGGAUAUAACAUGGCUAUUGAGCUACAGUAUGCUGUCGAGGCGGGCAUGUCCAAUCUCGAGGCUAUCAAGGCGGCUACAGCCACGGCUCCGCGAACGGUAAAGGGCCAGGCGCCGCUAACGGGACAGCUCAAGGUGGGAUAUGAAGCUGAUAUCUUGGGAGUUUUGGAGAAUCCUGUCGAAGAUGUCAAGAUUCUGCAGAAGAGAGAAAACAUUAACUGGGUAUGGAAGGGUGGACGAUUGCUUAAGGGCCCAGAUGUUGGACCUUGGGGUGAGGAAGAUCACUGGGUUGAGGAUAACUCGUAG